AUGUCACUGGUGAAGAGACGGAGACAGGAUGAAACCGUAGUGGCGAAAUCCCGAGAUGAUGUAUUCACACUCGAGGGCCAUGAUGGAACUGUGAUGGCUGCGAAGUUCGACAGAGAGGGGCGUGUUCUUGCCACGGGAGGCAUGGACAAGAAGAUACUGCUGUGGUCACUGCCUCAUGUCAAUCAACGGGGAGCACCGAAUUACGGUGAGAUCACCGGUCAUAAGAGCGCGAUAACGUCUUUGAGAUGGCUCAACAGUGGCCUAUUGGCGUCUUCGUCUGCUGACUCAACAGUGGCCAUAUGGGAUGCAGAGACUGGUAAGAAGAUAAGGAAGCUGAACAAGCACUCGAUGGUGGUGAACGAAAUCGACCAGGACUCAAAUCUGGUUGCGUCUGUUGGAGAUGAUGGGUUUGUUCAGAUAUGGGAUACACAGAGCAAGGAUCCAGUUUCAUCGUUUCAAACCGAUUACCCCCUGAUCACAGUGGCAUUCCAUCGUGGAAUUGUAUACGCCUCUGGAAUUGAGCCGGUGAUCAGAGCGUGGGACAUCAAGUCAUCUACAAAACCACUGUUUGAAAUCGAGACAAUGCACACUGAUACAAUCACAUCGAUCGCAGUCGAUGAUUCAAAUCUGAUCUCUAGAUCAAAUGACGAUACUCUGAGGAUAUACGACCCAAGUGUCGUUGAAGGGACUCAUAUUAGACCUCAGAUCUACGACGGUGCGCCUUCGGGUGGUGAGAACUUACCCAUUCGAGCUAUAAUAAGAGAAAAUGUGAUAUACUCUGGAUCGUCAGAUAAUACCGUAACGUCUUGGGAUGUCACUUCAAAGAGACUCCUGAGAAAGACAGCGGGCCAUUCAGGAACAGUUAUUGACAUUGAUGAACACAUGGGGAAACUUGCUUCUACAUCUGUUGACGGUAAAGUGAUCCUUAGGUAUACAAGUGCAUGA